UCUGAAGGCGACUUAUAAAGCUGUCGUAGAUGUGUGCAUUUAUUUUAAGCUUGGGAAAUCUGUUCACUUUCGUUGAAACUUCUUGUUAGUUGCGCCCAAAUCUGUUAUUAUGAAUAUGAUAUAUGGGAAUCACAGAGCUGUUGAUAUAUAUAACUCACCAUGUGUGAUCACAUGUCCUUGUUUUGUUUUCUCAUUUAAGGUUUUCUGCCAAUACUAUACUUAAAUUAUGGUUAGUUGGGGUAGAGUUUUAAUUAAUUAUCUUAUACUAUAUAAUAAGCGGCGCAGGUGAUAAUCUGUUUCCAUAUGUGUGAGUUUCUGUGAUUUUGGAGUCUAGAAACCCAAGGUGGAUCUAAAUCAUUAAUUUUUACUUAAACUGUCUGCGCUGUCAGAUGAUAUCAGUUUCUGAAGUGCAAAUGCUGUCAGUUUAUGUUAAUUUAUUCGGAAUGUCAGAUGAAUCGAGUUCUUUAAUUGGCAGUUGUAGCAGAUUUCUCGGAUUUUCACCAUGAUCGAUUGCCUAAUAAUUUGGACUGCAUAUCCAUUUAAGAUUCUGUAUAACUGAGAUUUUUACUAGGAUUAGAGAUUGUAUUCUUUUCGCAGAUAGGGAAUACAUGCUUCUUGGCUUUUCAUGAUUCGUCAUUUUUUUUUUUUAUAAAGGCUUUUCAUGAGUUUGAAAAGCCAAUUCAGAGGUUGUUUAACUUGUUUUAAAAUAACUUCUGUCUCUUAUCACUCGAAUAAGUGAUUUAAUUAAUAAUCUCAAUGAUUAUUAAUUAUGGAACCAUGCUUUAGGUACGUACAUUCUAUAAACCAAAAUAAUUCGAAAUCAAACAAUGUUUAGUGGCUAGGAGUUUUGUUUCCUAAGUUGGAGAUUGAAUGAUCCAUUAACCUUUUGCCUUCUUUUCAAACCAAAAAAGAGAAAGCAACAACAUUUGGUUGAUUCUUGUCACUUACCCAGUGCAUGUUUUGGUCCAUAUUCCUUGAUCAGCUUAUUUGCAAACGUCCCAGACUCGAAUAACUGACUAGGUGAACAAUAUAAUGUUUAAAGCUCUAUUAUUCUCGAUCAGUCGAUUGUACCUGCUAACAAACAUGAUUACACUAGAUUUUCAUCAUGGUGCUAGUACGAUUGGUUAAAAAUUGGGUCAGGUGGUGUGUUAUGCAGUAAUCUUUCCUUUUCUAAGGUUUGUUUUCGACAGUAGUGCCAGAGAACAUUUUUUUUUUUUUGUUAAACUUAGGAGCCUAUAAUUAAUUAAAGCUAACAGAGCUUUCAUGAUCCCAAAUUUUUGAGGAAAAUGUGAAUAAAAUAUUAUUAGGCCAGCUUGCUUGUCAGUUUGUGACUUGCUAAUCCAUAAAUUUGUCUUUAAACUUCAUGACUUCAUGUGAUUGGUUAAUAAGGGUAUUCUUGUAGAUUUUCAUCUUUAUUCAAAAUUCUUACAUCAACUGCAAAUUCAGCUUCAGGUUCAAAACUUGUACCUUCUAGUGUUAAUUAUCAGCUAGCAAGUUUGUUUAAGAUGAUGAGAAGCAAGCUGAACAAGUUGUUCAAUGCAAUAGGGAUUUUCAAACAUCCCUCGAGUUCACAAUCUCAUGGAUUUGCAUCGAAUGUACGAUAUGAAAGGAGUAGCAUGGUGACACCUGAACCAUGUGAACAGAAGGUGAUAACACCAAAUGCUGAAGAAACAUAUGAAGAGUGGUUGAGUGAUCAUCCCUCGGCAUUGAAUUCAUUUGAGGAAUUGAUGAACACAGCGAAGGGAAAGAAGAUCGUUAUGUUUUUAGACUAUGAUGGGACUCUCUCCCCCAUUGUUAAUGAUCCUGAGUUAGCCUUCAUGUCUGAUGCGAUGAGAGCAGCAUUACGUGAAGUUGCUGGGUGCUUUCCAACAGCAAUUAUCAGUGGAAGAAGCCGAGAUAAGGUGCAUGGCUUUGUUAAAUUAGAUGAAGUGUAUUAUGCCGGGAGCCAUGGUAUGGAUAUCAUGGCUCCGCCAAGGAAGCAUAAGUCCGGUGACUACAAUUACCAGCCUCCAGUUGCUGUCGAAAAGGAUAACUCUGUAAUCUUUCAACCUGCUCAAGAAUUCUUGCCUGAAAUCGAAAAGAUAUAUGAUGAGCUCGAAAAGGCAACUAAGGAGUUGAAAGGGGUGACAGUGGAACACAACAGAUUUUGUAUCUCCGUUCACUAUCGUAGAGCUGAAGAGAAGGUUCAUUCUGAUGUAAAAAAGACUGUGAAGGAAGUUCUGAAAAAACAUGCUCGCUUUCAUGCUACUACUGGUAAAAUGGUUUGGGAAGUACGUCCAUCUAUAAAAUGGAAUAAGGGUAACGCGCUGGAAUAUUUACUCGACACUUUAAGCCUAGCUGAAUCAAGUGAUGUCCUUCCUUUCUACAUAGGAGAUGAUAGAACUGAUGAAGAUGCCUUUGAGGUGUUACAGAAAAGAGGACAGGGAUUUCCAAUUCUAGUGUCACAAAAUCCCAAGGAGACAAAGGCGUCGCAUUCUCUGCGUGAUCCUUCUGAAGUACUAACAUUCCUACUAAGAUUAGCAAAGUGGAGGAAAAAUUCGGCAUAAAGUAAAAGGCAAGCACUUGAGCUAGUGAUUUUUUGAUGACGGCCAAGUGAUUGUUAAUGGAAAUAUGUAGUUUGUAUAUAGCUUUAAAGGGACUAAGUUAGAGAAGUAGUGCAAGAUAGAGGACAGGGCUAUUAGUUAGUAAGUUAGAUGUUUUGAUAUUUUGUUGACAAUUCGGCACUUUUUAGCAUCAUCAAACUAUGUUUUAUUGGCAUAGAAUGAACAAAGUUUUCUUGCACCAAGGCUUUUGAUCAGUAUGAUUACAAGUGAGGAAUUUGUCUCUUGCUAUCUGGUAUAAUGAACACCUUGGCAGUUACUACAUUCUCUUACAAAAAUUAUCAAUUACUACCUUUUAAACCGCAUCACGAUUACUAUUUUAACCUUAUCUUGUUUUUUGGCAAAUUUUGCCUCAAUUUGACAUCAUAACAAUGGGGCAGGACGAAUGUUAGCUUUCGCAUCGUACCCCAUCUCCGCAUAAGAUUCUCAUCCCCAUCCUCAUCUCUGUCGCGGGUCCAAAUUUCAUCCCAUUCCCGCCCCCACAUCCACUUGGAUAUCCCGUACCCACAUAAUCUUCACCUUCCCCACCUCGCUACACACCUAAUCCGGCCAAGAGCCACCUAAUCCUCAC